AUGGCGACGUCGCUGUUCCGACUCGCUGGGCGCAAUGCCAAGCGACAUUGUAUGCGCCCCAGCGCCCCCAUCUUCAACAACCUCAACUCGACUCGUGCCUUUUCUGCCUCCGCUCUCAGACGGUAUGCCGAGCCCAGCUACGAGGGCCAAGGAACCCGUCUGGUCCCUACCGGCGAGGACUUUGCGCCCAACGAGGAUCUCUACGGUUUGGAGGCCUUGAAGGCGGAAGGUGCCCCGAGAGCGCCUCCCCAGGAUCAUAUCCUGGCCCGCAAGGUGCGGCACUACACGGUCAACUUCGGUCCCCAGCAUCCGGCCGCUCACGGUGUGUUGCGCCUGAUUCUCGAGCUCAAGGGUGAAGAGAUUGUCCGUGCCGACCCCCACGUCGGCCUGCUGCAUCGCGGCACCGAGAAGCUGUGCGAGUACAGGACCUACCUCCAGGCGCUGCCCUACUUCGACCGUCUCGACUACGUCUCCAUGAUGACCAACGAGCAAUGUUUUGCUCUGGCCGUCGAGAAGCUGCUCAACGUUGAGAUCCCCGAACGCGCCAAGUGGAUUCGUACUAUGUUCGCCGAAAUCACCCGUAUUCUCAACCAUCUCAUGUCUGUUCUGUCUCACGCCAUGGACGUCGGUGCUCUCACGCCUUUCUUGUGGGGCUUCGAGGAAAGAGAGAAGCUGAUGGAAUUUUACGAGCGAGUUUCUGGUGCCCGUCUCCACGCCGCCUACGUCCGCCCUGGAGGUGUCCACCAAGAUCUCCCUCUCGGCCUGCUCGAUGACAUUUACAUGUGGGCCACGCAGUUCGGCGACCGCAUCGACGAGACCGAGGAGAUGCUCACGGACAACCGCAUCUGGAUCGACCGUCUGCGCGGCAUCGGCGUGGUCUCUGCCGCCGACGCCCUGAACCUGUCCUUCACGGGCGUCAUGCUGCGCGGUUCCGGCGUGCCGUGGGACAUCCGCAAGAGCCAGCCGUACGACGCCUACGACCAGGUCGAGUUCGACGUGCCCGUGGGAAUCAACGGCGACUGCUACGACCGCUACCUGUGCCGCAUGGAGGAGUUCCGCCAGUCGCUCCGCAUCAUCCACCAGUGCCUCAACAAGAUGCCCGCCGGCCCCGUCCGCGUCGAGGACUACAAGAUCUCCCCUCCCCCUCGCUCCGCCAUGAAGGAGAACAUGGAGGCUCUCAUCCAUCACUUCUUGCUGUACACCAAGGGCUAUGCCGUCCCGCCUGGUGACACCUACUCGGCUAUCGAGGCCCCCAAGGGCGAGAUGGGCGUCUAUGUCGUCAGUGAUGGUUCCGAGAGGCCGUACCGUGUGCACAUCCGCGCUCCGGGCUUUGCUCAUCUGGGUGGCUUCGAUCACUUGUCGAGGGGCCACAUGUUGGCUGAUGCUGUGGCUGUUAUCGGCACAAUGGAUUUGGUGUUUGGUGAGGUCGAUCGGUAA